AUGUCGGGGGAAAGAAAUGAUGUCUCUAAUGAAGAUGUAACAGAUGGAUCUUUGCUAGAGGGAUGCAACAGUAGAGCGGACCAAAUUGGAGUGAAAAGUUUGUACUCUCAGCAUGUUCUGCAAAAGCUUGAUUCGUCGGGACAGCAUGCUAUACUUGACUUUCAUGAUCAUUCAGUUGCUGAAGAUGUUUUUGUCAAAUGCUUCAAGCCAACAGGAUAUAUGGAUUCCUCUGUAAUGUCCGCUCAGUUUAUGUUGUGGAAAUUUGAAUGGAAGGCUGAGAAGAAGCCAUAUAUUAUUGUUUCAGAAGGGAAUGGGAACACUUUGGAACUAAAUCUGUCUGACAUUCUGAAGAAAGAACUUGAUGGAAGCAUAGAGGGCACCGGUCAGGUUUUUGUGCCUAUCCAAGAUCCAGAUCAGAAUCACUGGUUCCUGCUGGUGAUAGACAUUGAGGGAAAAUGUGGUUGGGUACUGAACUCCAACGCACGUCACAGUGUAUACUAUCGCACAAUGGGUGUGUUUGAAGCAGCGUGUAGUUGUUUGCUGGAGAUGGGUGUACAGACAUCUUUGUGGCCUUUGUCAUUCAUGCGUGGUCUUGCAGUUCAAGAGCACGAUUUUGAUUGCGGGAUCCAUGUGCUCAUGUACAUUGAUGGUUUUGAAAGAAAGGACAUAUAUGGUCAUGAUAAGGAAAUGGUUUGUAUGUACCGGCAGAAAACUGCAGUUGACCUCAUCUACAGCAAAGCAAAUAGGGUGCGCCCAAAUGUAGGCAUGGCAGCUGGUGAUUCCUCUUCCCUGGUAGUCUCCAGGUCUGCCCUGGAAAGUGUACAAGGAGAAGCUGUGCCAACUAUCGGGUCUGCCCUGGAAAGUGUACAAGGGGAAGCUGUGCCAACUAUCCCUGAACAACAAGAAUUCACUUCCGAAUCCUCCUCUGGGGCAGAAGAUACUUCGCACAAGAGGAAGGCUGAAAAAGUAAGUGACUUUGAAAAGUCGGCUAAAAGGACAAGAGGAAAAGCGAUAUCAACUCUAAAAGUGGCUAGAUACACAAAGGCGCCUGAAAAGAUAAGCUCGAAGCUGUAUGAUCUCGUUUGCUCGGAGAAGUACAAGGAACAUGAGAUCAUAUCUAUUGGAGGAAUAUCCAUAACAGCAGCUUCCAUGGCUGAAUUCAUCUCUGGUGGUGUGCUCAGCAGUUAUAUCCUACAGGAAAAGGACCCAGAGAAAUUUAAGGAAAAUAUUGCCAAGACGUUGCCUGCAUCAUUUUGGUCAUCAUUUGAUAUGAUCUUCUUACCAAUAUUGCAUGGAAAUGAUUGGAUUGUCUACUGUGCGAGUAAUUGUGUUUCAAAUGUCGUGAGCUUCAGAGAACGAGAACAUUGUGCUGAAACGAGGCAAGGCCAGCGCAAAUCUGUUAUGAUGGCACUACAAACAGCUAUAUACGAAAGAUAUACAAAGAAACAAAGAUUUGCUGAAAGGACUGUGGAAUGUCCUGACUACGCAGAAGACCUGACUGAUACUCCCCAUAAAAUUGGUUUACUGGCAUUGCAUUUUAUGGAGUGCUUUACUGGUCUUCCCUUCGAGCCCUGCUUGGAGGGAUACAGUACUGCAGUACUGGACUACCUUCUCUUCCAUGGAAAAAACACCUCCGAGUUCCCAAAGACCUGCAGUGAUGUUCUGGAAGACCUGUAA